AGACGGAUCGGGCUGCACCUGCAGUACAAGCGAUCGAUCAUCGGAGUUGAAGUCAUGGCGCGAACGAUUCUUCAGCUGCUUCUCGGUGCGAUUCUCUUGGUGAAUCUGAGUCUCGCGGGCACAGCGAGGCGACCACGACUGGAUGGACGCAUUGUGGGCGGGCAGGUGACCAGUAUAAAGGACAUUCCCUACCAGGUUUCCCUGCAGCGUGGCUACCACUUCUGCGGUGGCUCUCUGAUCGCCCAGGGUUGGGUCCUCACAGCAGCCCACUGCACCGAAGGAUCGGCCAUACUCAUCUCCAAGGUCCGCAUUGGAUCGUCGCGCACUUCCGAAGGCGGUCAGCUGGUGGGGAUCAAACGGGUCCAUCGGCAUCCCAAAUUCGAUGCCUACACCAUCGACUUUGAUUUCUCGCUCCUCGAGCUGGAGGAAUAUAGUGCCGCGAACGUGACGCAGGCUUUCGUAGGUCUUCCCGAACAGGAUGCGGACAUAGCCGAUGGAACUCCCGUCCUGGUUUCCGGCUGGGGGAACACGCAGAGCAACCAAGAAUCCACAGCCAUUCUCCGGGCCGUAACUGUGCCCAAAGUCAGCCAGACGCAGUGCACGGAGGCGUAUGGCAACUUUGGGAGCAUCACGGAUCGCAUGAUCUGCGCCGGAUUGCCGGAGGGAGGCAAGGACGCCUGCCAGGGUGACUCGGGAGGUCCUCUGGCCGCCGACGGCAUCCUGUGGGGCGUCGUCUCCUGGGGCUACGGAUGUGCCAGGCCAAACUAUCCCGGAGUAUACUCAAGGGUCGCUGCGGUUCGCGAUUGGAUUGCCUCUACUAGUAACAUUUGAGACCAAUUGAUUAUCAAAUUCUAAUUCAAAAUAGAUUAAAAUAAACGACAAAUAAACAACGACCCUUUAAAGUGUGAA